AUGAUGAGUGCCCUCUUCCUUGCAACUACUUUAGCCUUUGUUGGACUCAUAGCCAUUGAUGGCGCUCAAGCAAGAAUUUUAUCAGAUAGCCUUGGACUCGGACUCAAAGUAGCAAUAUUAGGUGCUUAUGGAAGAAAGUGUACCCCACCACCUCCAUCUCCUAUCCCUUCACCAAGAACCAAGGAGCUAACCACCAAGUACGAGAAGUAUUCGUCUCCACCACCAGAAUCUCCAAAAACUGAUCCCUCACUCGGUCAAGUAACCACUAGUUAUGGACGGACCUUGCCCUCACCUCCUCCGACCCCGAAGCCUGCAACACCAAAAGGCCAACUUGAGACUGGGUCUCCAUGCACUGAUGAGACUCCAUGCAAUAAUGGGUACAUAUCUAUGAUAUCAAAUUUUGAAAGGCCUGGGCCACGUCCUCCAACUCCAAAGCCAGCACCUCCUACACAUCCAAUAACCUUUGAUCUUGAGCCGAAAGUCCAUGCAAGAUCACAACCAGGGCAAUAUGUAUUUUCAACUUGA